UCCCAGCGGCGGGAGCAGCGGCGGAGGCGGAGGCGCCCAGACCCCUGCCCACAUCCAGGCGCAGGACGCGCACAGCCUCUCCACGCGCCACGAGGGCAUUCACUGGUCGCGCGCUCCAGGAGGGUGCAGAAAUAUACAAAGCUUCAUAAUCACUCUAGGACCACAUAGAGCAAACAUGAAUGAUAUUUCCCAAAAGGCUGAGAUUCUGCUUUCUUCAUCUAAACCUGUCCCAAAAACCUAUGUGCCAAAACUUGGCAAAGGUGAUGUAAAGGAUAAGUUUGAAGCCAUGCAGAAAGCCAGGGAAGAAAGAAAUCAAAGGAGAUCUAGAGACGAAAAGCAAAGAAGAAAAGAACAAUAUAUUAGAGAGAGAGAAUGGAACAGGAGGAAGCAGGAGAUUAAAGAAAUGCUUGCUUCUGAUGAGGAGACAGAGUUAUCUUCUAAAGUAGAAAAAGCUUAUGUUCCAAAGCUAACAGGAACUGUUAAAGGUCGAUUUGCCGAAAUGGAGAAACAAAGACAAGAGGAACAACGGAAGAGAACAGAGGAGGAACGGAAGCGCAGAAUUGAGCAGGAUAUGUUAGAAAAGAGGAAGAUACAACGUGAAUUAGCAAAAAGGGCUGAGCAGGAAGGAGAUGAUUCACUACUUAUAACAGUGGUACCAGUCAAAUCACACAAAACAUCUGGAAAAAUGAGAAAAAAUUUCGAGGAUCUAGAAAAAGAAAGAGAAGAAAAAGAAAGGGUCAAGUAUGAAGAAGAUAAAAGGAUUAGAUACGAAGAACAACGACGAUCUCUCAAGGAAGCAAAGUGUCUUUCACUGGUCAUGGAUGAAGAACUGGAUGGUGAGGCAAAAAAAGAAUCAAUUUCUCCUGGAAAACUGAAACUAACUUUUGAAGAAAUAGAAAGACAAAGACAAGAAAACCGAAGGAAGCAAGCUGAAGAAGAAGCAAGACAACGUUUAGAAGAAGAGAAGCGUGCUUUUGAAGAAGCGAGGCGGCAAAUGGUAAAUGAAGAGGAGGACGACCAAGACACAAAAAACAUUUUUAAAGGGUACCGCCCUGGUAAACUCAAACUCAGUUUUGAAGAGCUAGAAAGACAAAGGAGAGAAGAGGAAAAAAGGAAAGCAGAAGAAGAAGCCAGAAGGAGAAUCGAGGAAGAAAAGAAGGCAUUUGCUGAAGCACGGAGAAGCAUGGUGGUAGAUGAUGAUUCCCCAGAGAUGUAUAAAACAAUCUCUCAAGAAUCUCUUACACCGGGAAAACUGGAAAUUAAUUUUGAAGAAUUAUUAAAACAAAAAAUGGAAGAAGAAAAACGACGAACAGAGGAAGAACGGAAGCAUAAACUAGAAAUGGAAAAACAGGAAUUUGAACAACUGAGACAAGAAAUGGGAGAGGAAGAGGAAGAAAGCGAAACCUUUGAAUUGAGCAGGGAAUAUGAAGAAUUAAUCAAAUUAAAAAGGAGUGGCUCUAUUCAAGCUAAAAAUCUAAAAAGCAAGUUUGAAAAAAUUGGACAACUGUCAGAAAAAGAAAUACAGAAAAAGAUAGAAGAAGAACGAGCAAGAAGGAGAGCCAUUGACCUUGAAAUUAAAGAGCGAGAAGCAGAAAACUUCCAUGAGGAAGAAGAUGUUGAUAUAAAACCUGCAAAAAAGAGUGAGGCCCCAUUUACUCAUAAAGUGAAUAUGAAAGCUAGAUUUGAACAAAUGGCUAAGGCAAGAGAAGAAGAACAACAAAGAAGAAUUGAAGAACAGAAGUUACUACGCAUGCAGUUUGAACAAAAGGAAAUCGAUGCAGCACUACAGAAGAAAAGAGAAGAGGAGGAAGAAGAAGAGGGUAGCAUCAUGAAUGGCUCUACUAUCGAAGAUGAAGAGCAAACCAGAUCAGGAGCUCCAUGGUUCAAGAAGCCUCUAAAAAACACUUCGGUUGUAGAUAGUGAGCCUGUUAGAUUUACGGUUCAAGUAACAGGAGAACCCAAACCAGAAAUUACAUGGUGGUUUGAAGGAGAAAUGUUGCAGGAUGGAGAAGACUAUCAAUAUAUUGAAAGAGGGGAUACGUACUGCCUUUAUUUACCAGAAACUUUCCCAGAAGAUGAAGGAGAGUAUAUGUGUAAAGCGGUCAACAAUAAAGGCUCUGCAGCUAGUACCUGUAUUCUUACAAUUGAAACUGAUGACUACUAGCUUCCUUUCCCUCUGCCUGGAACUAUUUCUCUCUCUCCGACUUUCUUACAUCCAUCUUUUCUGUGGCGGGGCCAAAAAAGGAAACCAGAAGUGCUACCAUGUUGACUUCUUAUUCCUUUUCAAAGUCUUCACAACACAAGCUCAUCUGAAGAAUAUCUUCUCUUCUUCCUUUCCAAAUAAGCACCAGAUUCAUCACCAUAUUAAGCAGAAGUUAAUGUGCAUUUAAUAGGGAAAGUGGGAAAUUUACUCAAAUAUUAUAUCAGAAUCUAUUACAAAGGCUGUGCAUUUCCUAUAAGUUCACAGCAA